ACGCCGGCUAGAGGACGUUGGAAAAUGUUUGGCCACUACGGUCAUCCAAUACGCUUGGCGGCGCUGUGGGGGGGUUGCUGGCUGUUUCCAACAUUCGGUACUCGUUUCAUAAUGUUUAUCGUUGUGUUAAGGAAAUAUUUUAUUUUCCUAUAAAAACCCAACUAAAUUAAGUUAUUAAUGAUAUUAAUAUAUAUACCAGUGUUUCUUGUUUUAAGCGUUGCUAACGCCACUCCUGCAUGGCGGUUUAUGCUAGCUGGUCGUGACUUCGCACCGGUUUGCUAACAUGGCAAUCAAAAAGGAAACCAUUGCUGUUUUUGAACAGUUUGACGCCAGAAAAGUGGAAUUAAUGCCGAUACCUGAGCUGAAUAAAGCCUCGGUGUUGGUCCCUCUAUUUGUAAGAAAUGGGAAGCUGCAUACGUUGAUGACUCUACGUUCCAAGCAGCUAAGAACCAGUGGAGGCGAGGUAUGUUUUCCUGGUGGUAAAAAAGACCCCAGUGACAAAGAUGAAGUGGAAACGGCCCUGAGAGAAGCUCAGGAGGAGAUUGGUGUACUUCCUGGUGAUGUCCGCGUCAUAUGCGCAUUGCACCCCAUCAUGAGUAAGAACAACCUGUUGGUGACCCCAGUGGUUGGCUUCAUCGAGGAGUCCUUCAAGCCCAGUCCAAACCCUGCAGAGGUCAGUGCUGUGUUCACUGUCCCCUUGGACGUCUUCGCUUUUAACAAAGACCACUUUGAUGACCUUGCUGCUGUACACGCCACAAUGCCAACCUUCGCCGUUGACUAUGUGGACCCUGACACAGGAGCCAAGUAUCACAUUUGGGGUCUGACCGCCAUUAUCGCCUUUAUUGUCGCCGCCAUUGCCCAAAAGACCAAACCCGAGUUUGAUAUUAAUGUGGAAGAACUACAAGUCAUGCUCACACAACACCUUCACCAAAGACUGAGUAAACUGUGAAUUGUCCUUUUAUUUUCUGACAUCUUAAAGAAGGUAAGAUGUUGCAAAAUAGAAAUUAUGAAAAAGCAGUUAUAUUAAAGUGAUGUCAAAUUAUGGAAGUUAUAUUAGAGAAAACAUAUUUGAGGAAUAAAAUACUUUGAAAAUGUUUGCAAUGCAAAUAUUUAUUGUAAAAAGUAUUUCAAUAAGUAACAUUUUCUGACAAACCCUUUUUUUCAAGUUAGGAGUGCAAAUAUUUUGUUUUUUAUUAAAAGUUAAAAUGUAACAAGUUGAAAUAUAUAAGUUAAUAUAACAUUUAAAUAAAAAUAUUAAAAUAUAUACAUAUUUUAAUAAUUUUUUUAAUGGAGUCAUUAAAAGCACAUCUUUUAAAAACUACAAAAAUACUUAAAUGUUUCCCGAGAUCUAAUUUUAUGGGGACAAGGGGGUCCAUUUACCCAAAUAUGCCUAUGUAGAAGUGCUAUAACUUAAAAACAUAAAAAAAUAAUACAACUAAAUGUGGGAUGAAGGAUGCAAAGAAUUUGAGUUUUCAUUUUUAGUUUUUAUUAAUUUAAUGUAGCAGCAGGAUUACAGAUAUAAACUGAAGAGUAUACAAAUGUCCAGACCAAGGCAAAAUACAUGUUAAUAUAAUUCAGAUGAAUGAUAACACACUGGGGGGUUGACCAUUAUCCCUACAGUGGGGUUAUAAGGCUAAAUAUACUAAAGCUCACGCAACACACACACACACACACACACACACAGAGUAGGAGUGUGGGACAAAAAGCAACAUGGAUGAGCAAACAGUUCAGUACAUGACGACAGACAGCUCACGCUAUUGGCAAUUAACAGUAACUUCAUGGCUGUUUUUUUUUAUUAUUAAACAAAUCAACGCAUUUUAAUCAAUAGUAAAUGCAAAGACCCCAAAACACUCACAGAAACAAUCUCAAUUUCUUCCCUUUCACCUCACGUGUACAAAUCUCAUGAGGCAUCCAAAAGAAAAAGACUGGUGGCAAACACAUGGACUGAUAUGACCGUAUCAGUAAGAAAACUACAUUAGCAGUAAAACAAACCAGUGUGGGCUGUAGUUGAAACAAACGUAGGAGGAUCCAAAGUAGCAAGGACACAGAGGAAACACCAGUAAACAGAGCAGAGAAAACAUCUUUUUUUUUCUUCUUUUUUUGUUAUCAAGGCACACAAAGUUCUUUAGAAAGCAUCACAAUUGAAAUGACCCCUGCAGUAUAUUUUCACAUUUAAAUACACACGGAUAUUCAUUUACACCCAUGAAGGACAAAAGCCAUUUUUGUCUUUUUGUGUGUGUGUGUGUGUAUGUGUGUGUAAAAGUUUGGUGUGCUCUUAUCGUUCACCGCCAUCCUGUGGUUCUCUUCCAGCGGAAAAGUCAAUUUAACGAAAAACAACAUAAAUACCAGUCGGUGCCACUUCUUAGUUAGGGCGCACUCACACUUAGCUCACGAAUGACAACAUAUGCAAAUUAGAUGAGUCAUUUCAUUAUGAUCCAUCAUCCUGACUAUUUUUAAUAUUCUUAAUAAAGGGGACCUAUUAUGCUUUUUCCACUUUUCUGACCUAUAAAUGACGUUAGAAUGUUGUAAUAUCGUGUUAAACGAUACCAAAGUUUCAGAUAAUGAGGUUUAUACAUUUGGAAGUGAUCCCUGAAAGAAGUUUGGGAUGGCUCAAAACGCUUGGGUUUCAGAGGGUGUUAUAACACUGGCGGUUUGUGAUGUCACAGAUUGCUGGGCUUUCUUUAUAUGGGCGUGCACUGUAAGCCAGAUACACUCUAAGCCCUCCCCCCCAAGCGCGGCUUCUGUUUACUGUGUUAGCAAUGUCUCCCACAUUUGUCUGCAAUUCUUAACGAGGAGACCACCAGGCACAAAUUGGUUGCAGUUUGAUUCCCGAACAGCAAAAGAAAUACGGCAUUUCACACUUGACUAUUUUGUGAAUAUGGUCCAGUAAGCAGCUGGACUAGCCAACAAAAUUGUUGAAGCCCUACGUCUUUCCAACAUUACUUGGUCAUGUGGAAGAGUCAGAAGAGCAAGCAGCAAGUAACAGUUUAUCAGUGUCAUAACUGUGAUUCGUAUAAGUCAUGGUCUGUGUAGCAUUAUAGAGUGUGCAUACAGGGAAAAUUGCCUGGAAAUCUGAGGAAACCGUCAUUAUUUUGUUUGAAUUGUCCUACGCCCCCCACAUACGGUGCCUGUUAAUGGUAAUUACCACCUGUCACUAUUAGAAAUAAAUAGACGGACACAAAAGGAGUCCAAAUGAAGUGUCCUUGUAUGAUGUGGUAUAACGGAGCAGAGCAGUGUGAGUGCGCCCUUCAAUAUCUAAUUGGUCUGAUGUCCACAUACAAUGAGGUAAAAAAUUACAUUCAUAAAACUGAAGCCGUCUCCUCCUUUUUUGUGUUAGUAUGAGCCAUUUCUUCUUCUUUUGUGUUAGCAUGGCUUUAAGAGGCAUACUCCAUGUCACCUAUCACCAUCAUGUGCUCUUUAGCUCCCCUACACAAAUGGGAAUGGAAUGCUUGGAAACUAGUGCCCUAGAGUCUGACCUACAGUUACUGUGUGAGUCAAAAGUGCCAUUUGAGAUGCAUGACCAAGGAGGUUUGGGGUAAAAAAAAAAAAAAAGACCACCAGUGACCAAAACCCACAUCAGGACUUCCAUUGUAGGAACUUCAAAGAAAAUUCAGUUUGACUUCUUUUCACCACACCUACGCUUGCUUUCAGGCAACAUACCAGCACUGAUAUUCUGCACUUGUUUAUUUUUUUUAAUUACAAAAAUAGUCUACAUUUGAUACACAGAUACAAAAUUCUAAAAAAGAUAAUUUACUUUUAAAAUGGAUCACUAACAGCGACGGGAUGCGAGUAGAUGUAAACAAAUGCUUUUUUUUAAUGAGCGAUGUCAGUCAAAAUAUGGGACUUUUUUUUUUUGCUUGACGCCAUGUUGGUGUAGAUAUGCCAAGUUAUAAAGUUGGUGGAAAUGUAACUAAAAGUACCUUUACAAUACAAUAUGUUCCUCUCCACUGUACAUACAAGAGCUGCAAUAGAAAUGAGUAAACAGGAUUUCUGAAGGACAGACGCGAGACCAUUUGAUGACGGGAGCUUUGGUUUGUGGUCCAGUCCGAACCCCCCUACCCCCCACCCCCCAACUCCACUCCACUCAACUUGCAAUGCCUGCGUAGCUGAUAUUUCAAAGAAAGAAUCCCAUCCCUGCUGUAACAUAGCACCGUAGAAUCAAAAUGGCAGCCUCCAUUGUCCCAGUCAGGAAGAUGCCAACUUCACACGGUGCCUUCCAACUGUUUCACACCCAACAAGUGAACGUCACAAAAAAAACAGCAGUCUGAACGGAGAGGAGUCGGCAAAAAGAACAAAAUAUUCAAUAAAGCCUUAUGGAAAAAGCCAAUAGAAAAUUCAAACACUGAUUAAAUAGGGAUUGGACCACAAUUCUACCAAGGAGCAUUAAGGUCACACUGAAAGGAAUUCUUAAAUUAUGCAAAAAGGAACGUGAAUACAGUCUCAUUACCAGAACAACCUUUAUAGUUUAUAAUGCUAUUACAGGAAAAUUAUAUUCAAUUGUUUUUAUGGAUGAUGAUGCUGAUGUGACGUGGACUAUUGUUUUUUAUAUUCCCCCUUUUUAUUGUCAUUCUGAAGUUACUCCCGUAAAAGUGCAAACUUUACAAUUUUUAGAGGUUCUCAUUAUAAUUGCAUUUUUGUUAAAAUUAGAGUUUCUAUUAUAACAAUACUCUAUUAAAACUUUUUUCUUGAAAAACUACAACUUGAUUCUGCUAAUAUUACGAAUUCAAUCCAGUGAAACAGCAGCAAUUUAUAUUUCAUAUAUUCUAUUUUAGUUAUACUCUAACAUUUUCAAUAAGAUUGUUAGGACAAAAUUCUCAUCAAAUGUGCAGCUUCUUUCUCAAAAUUCUAAUAUUACAACAUUUUCUCGUAAUAUUAUGACUUUAUUCGAGAUCUGUAAUUAUUCUCUUACUACAAAAUUAUUAUAUAUAAAUGGUCGUUUUACUCAAAGCUUUACAAUUUUUCCUCCACAUAAAAAUGCCAAUUUCAUUCUCAUGAUGGCAACUUAAUUUUUUAAAUAUUUUUCUUUCCAGUGUGGCCCCAACAGUCUUUGGUACAAUAAAAAUUGCGAUUGAGCUGUGAGCAUAAUUUCAUUACAUAAUUGCCUUGGACAUUAAAACUACGGAGACAUUAAGAUGAAAAAUUGUUGUUUGUGAUGUUUUUAUCCCGCACAAAGACAAUUAGUUGUUUUUUUUGUGUUCAUUUCCUCUGCUUUUUAAGUCUUAAUGUUUCUGUGUACAAAUGCAUGCGUGGAUGGAUGAAAGGAUUAGCUGGUUAUACAGAAGAGGUUAUAAAGUGCUUGAGAUAAAAUGUCUAUAAAACCACACAACACUCACAAGUGUAAAGUUUCUAUCCACAAUGACUCGGUAAAGGUUUACCUUCAAAGACAAAAAGAUACAACAAACUUCAUAGUUAUUUGGAGGCCUGCACGCAUGGAAACACAGAGAGAAGUCACAGUAUUUAACCAGGUUAAAUCUCAUUCAGGAGUGUUAAACUUGAAAGUACACCAACAAUAAAUAUAUUCAAACCACUUUUGACAAAUGUGUAUUCAUAGUUUUGAAUGAUCUUGAAAGUGCCCUCCUGUCAAAUGUGCAUAAUGUAAGAGCCUUAAUUGUUAUCAGAUUUCAGUUAUUCAAAAUACAUAUUAGCUGCUCCACAAAGCCUGCCUACAGUCGUCACCGCUCGGGGCAAAAAAAAAAGAGUUUCCACACUCCAAAAAUGAGAUUCAGCCCGACGUUUUUCUGCAAUUGGAUGUCGAAUCCAUGACUAACUGUUUUACCGCCUGCUCAUCGCACUUUUGUCAAGUUUGCUUCAGUCAGUGACAUUCCUUUUCUUUCCUUCCAGUUUUUCCAUGAAAAACAACCUGGUUGGUUUGCCCCCGCUCGUAGGCCCAACAUUAUUAAAACACUCUUGAGAACAAAACACUGCAUCUCCCCCCCCCCCAGACUUACGGAUAAAGCAGUUAUUACAGGCCCCUCUGAUCCUGCAAGAGGGGUAAUAACAAAAGGCAGAUCAUCAAUUCAAGGAAAUGGAUAUACAAAGGCUAUAAUUUAUGAUAAAUAGUUAAUAAAAAUGAGUUACAUUAACUCAUCAUUUGGGGGUUUUAGGUAAAAUGGGGCAUUUAACUCUUAAAUAUACUUUUUUUUAUUUUUAAAGUUUUGUGGCAUUGGCCCAAAACACCAUGCGCAGCUAGUCUUGUUGAUUUUGAGAGUGCAUGGCUACACGUCACCUUCUCUCCACGUGGUCCCGCGGACAUCCUCACUGCUUCUGUAGGCUUUCCAGUAGGUCCUCUAUUUUGCCCAUGUUGGACGACGGCGAUAUCGACCCCUGCAGUGUACUCUGUAAGCUGCUUUGUAUUUCAAGAUUGGUCUGCAUCGGAGUCGGCAGGCUUGUGUCUAUGGUGGUCUGCAGACCAGGCUGCAGGGUCACCUGGGCGUUUGUCUGCAUGGCGUUCUGCAGGCUGCUCUGCAUGGCGCUCUCCAAGCUGGACUGCAUUUGUGCCUGAAGAGUGCCCUGUAAGCUGCUGUGCAUGGUGGGCGGCAUCGAGGUUGCAGCUUGGGAGAUGGGCUGUUCCAUGAGGGGCUGCAUGUGACCCGAGUUUGGGGCUUGGCUCGGAACUGGAAGGGUUGAUCCAGGGGAGUUGAGGAGCUGGGGAGUGUCUGGCAGGAGGAGAAAAUGGAGAUAGUCAAUUUGAAGUAGUAGUAGCAUGGUCAAGGCCUUGAAAAAAGAAACAAAACAGGAGCUUUUAAUCGAGUCUUUGGUAGUAAUGGUGGUUUACAUAGCUUAGUCAAGGGACCAAGUUCCACUUCAUGACCAAACAGGAUGAGCGUUAUAGAAAGUAGCUUACCAUUCUGUAUGCCAAACACAAACAGGUUUGGUGGUCCUCGUUGGGCUACAUUAUCACCCACAUUUGUCUGGAAAAGCUGCUCUGGGGGCUGCUGGCCAGGGUUGUCCACCACACCUACAGUCCCUUGGACCACAAAGAUUGUUGUGCCGGGGGGCGCUGCCUGAUUGUUCAGAUCCUGUGAACCAAGAGUACUCUGAAGGCUGGACAGUGAUGUCUGGGGUAGGAAAAGCUCCACGGGUUGACUGUUAGGGACGCUAGAAGAACUUGAGCCCACUUGCAUUGGCUGCUGUUCCUGGAACAGGCUCCGCUGUUGAUUCUGUGCGGAUGUUGAUGUCUGAUCCUGGAAGGACAUGGGUUCUACUGGCUCCUGCUGCGGAAUUCCAACAGUGAUGCCACCCAUCGGGGAAGGACCUUGGGUCUGGGCGCUGAAGAGGAUAGUUUGGGGAAUGGCCUGGGGGUCUAGAUCAGUUGUGCAGAGGAGCAGACCUGCCUGCGGAGUUUGGGACAGCUGGCUCUGGGGAAUGGGGUUAGGCUGUGAAUGGUUUGGUAUGGUCUGGAACAAGGAUCCCUGUUGCCCAAUUGGAAUUUGCGGUGACUGUUGACUCUGUUGUGGGGAUUGUUGUUGUUCCAUGGGGGUGCUCUGUUGCUGCAUUUGAGACAGCUGAGCUUGAGGCUGGUUCUGAAACAUGGCAACAGACUGGGGCUGGCUGGAAGACGUGUCCAUGGUGGAAAUGAAUGUCAACUGCUGCUGUUGUUGGGAUUGAGUGUUAGAGGAAAGAUACUGCUGCUCUGUGGUGAGGCUGCCACUUGUCAGAACUGUAAGCGUAUUCUGAAGCAGAGCAGCUUGAACCUGCUGUUGGGAGCCCUGUGUAUCCGCAAUGGGCC